UCCACACUCCACAGCGCAGCUCAGCUCGGGUCAGCAUGGCCCUCGCGCAGUCGGACUUCCCUCACUGGUUCGCCGCGCCGCCAAUCCUCCACGCUCCGGCCUUCGACCCCGCCGCCACCUUCCCGGAGUUCCACAACCAGCAUCAGCACACAGAUGGUUCCGGUGCGUCCCGGCUGCUACCGCUGAUCACGGCGCUGACGGCGAUGGGCCUGCGGUUGCUGCCCCACCAGCGCCCCCAGCCGCUGGCCCAGGACGACCCCUGGACGCAGUCGCGGGUGGCGACGCCGCCGCCGCCGCCGCUGCGCACCCUCUACCAGUGGCGCCAGAUCGACUUCGAGUUCCCGUCGGAGCUGGCGCGCCAGCAGAUGGCGGCCUCCGGCCGCUACGUGCGCCGCAACGCGCUCCCGCUGGGGCUCGACGUGUACGGCGACCGCAUCUUCGUGAGCGUGCCCCGCUGGAAGGACGGCAUCCCGGCCACGCUGGCCACCAUCCCCAGGGACCCGGCCAAGGCGGGCUCGCAGUCGCCGGCGCUUCGGCCGUACCCCAGCUGGGACUGGCACGGCCGUGAAGACUGCGUGGGCCUGACGUCGGUGUACCGCAUGCACGUCGACCCCUGCGGCCGGCUCUGGGUGCUCGACUCGGGCGUCACCAACGCCAUCGACAAGAUCCGCCAGCAGUGCGCCGCGCAGAUCUUCCUCUUCGACCUGCGCACCGACCAGCUCAUAAUGCGACACGUCAUCCCCUCCGACCAGUACAAGGAGGGCUCGCUGCUGUCAAACAUCGUGUCGGACGUGCGAGACGGGCAGUGCGAGGACGCGUUCGCGUACGCCACGGACGUGUGGGGCUUCUCGGUGAUCGUGUUCAGCCUGCGCGAGCGCCGCUCCUGGUCGGUGUCGCACCCCUUCUUCUACCCGGACCCGCUGGCCGCCCGCUACCAGCUGCACGGCGUCUCCUUCCGGUGGACCGACGGCGUCUUCGGCCUGUCGCUCUCGCCCGCGCACUCCGGAACAGGAGACCGCACACUGUUCUUCCACCCGAUGUCGAGCUUCCGCGAGUUCGCGGUGCUGUCGUCCAUCCUGCGCAACGAGACGGCGGCCAAGACCAGCGACGACGAGUUCCACCUGCUGGAGGAGCCGCGCGGACUCAGAGACGCGCACGCCUCCGCCUCGGCCAUGGACCGCCGCGGUGUCAUGUUCUACAACCUGGUCACCAGGGACGCCGUGGGAUGCUGGAACUCUGCACAGCCACAUGGUUACCGUAUGUCGCUGCAGGGCAUUGUGGCACAAGAUAAUGUGACGCUCAUUUUCCCUAAUGACCUCAAGGUGGAUCAUGAGCUGCGCCAGAACCUGUGGGUCCUCAGUAACCGCCUGCCACUCUUCCUCUACCGUGAGUUGGACCCCAACGACAUUAAUUUCCGCAUCAUGACGGGGUCUACAGACGAGCUGGUGCGUGGAACCGUGUGCGACCCCGACAUCACACUCAUUCCUGGACAAGGGGCACUCUCCCCCAGGAACCAGCUCUGCCCUGCCAAUGAGGUGCGAUGAUCAACUGCUGCCAAGCCUGGACACCCACGUCAAGCUGCUCUUUUGUUCAAGAUGCCUCUUGUAUAUGAGUCUGGAGCUUAAAGUUUGUCAUAAGUCACUAGUGUAAAACACACUUCUCAUCAAUUGCUGGUAAUCACUCAUUGUUCAUCUCUUCAAGAAACUGGGUGGAAUUAACAUCACUGAAAUGUAAUACUGCCAUAGAAAGGAGAACUGUGCUCUCUCUGGAAAGGCAAAAUGAUAAAGUUACUUCUUUCAAUACCCCACAAAUUUUUGAGUGUUUCCUUGUCUGUGAAGGCAAAGAUUAAACAAUUGUUACAGAAGGCAAAAGAAUGACUCAUUAUACUAAUUUUGUUUAACAGAACUUUCCUUCUUAUAUUGUAAAUAACAAACCAUGGAUAUUUGACCGUGACAAUGAGGGCAUAUCUUAAACAAACUGAUGAUACUCUGAGGCUCUGAUCGCUAUGGGACUUAACAUCUAUGGUCAUCAGUCCUGAUGAUACUGUUCCUGGAUUUAUCAUCUUCCUUGAACCUUAUUAUACUUGUAUUUUCAUCCUUGGCUGAAACAUUAUUUGUAGUCCAAAAUCCAAUAUUAAUGUGAAUUCCCUCAAGAUUGAACAUAAAUUAAUCUAUCCUUCAUGUCCUCACACUUAUUGUUUUAUCGAGUUCUCACAACCAUUAAAUGAAAGCCGGUGGCAGUGGGCAUUUCCUUUUCUCAUUUCUUUUCCUUGAAGUAUUUUAAUUGCCUCAUAUGCUGUUUUAGAAUCGACUUAUCAUUUCCAUUUGUACAUGAAGAAUGAAACAGUACCUUCAGAUGAGUAUCACCAUUACAGAAAUUAAGAUGUUCAAUAUUAAUGCUAUGUCAUUUCUUACAUAUCUGCAAACUCUACGGCCAGUAGUAUCUAGUAAGCACCCAUAAGCUCUCUUUCUACAUGACAUUUGUUUUUUCUAUCUUAUGUAGACAAAUAUUGCUUCCUAAUUAUCUGUAGUACUACAAUAUACACUCAACUCUGUGUAUAUCAUAAGGUAACUCAUCAGUGUCAUUGCCUCUCAUCAAAGUUAAUAAUAUUCAUACACUUUUGUUAUAAAUAGGGUGAUAACUUUGCAUUUAGACUCUCAACAAGGAAGAUGCAGAUUGUUAAGACACAAUGAUAGUUUGAUGUGUUUGUACUAAAAGUGCUUAGUACAUUACAUAUCUAAUAUGAAGAAUGACAGUCCUACAUUACAUUUAAAAUAACUCUGGAGCCUGGUGAAUGAUACUACAAUUCUAUCAUGAAACUGAAGUUAAGAAAUAAGUGGUUAGAACAUAUGAAUAAUUUACUCUAUAUUAUAAUCCUCAAGGUACAUUAAAAGCAAGCAGUGACUUUCAGAAUUAAUUUAAAAUAGAGUAAACAAUGAUGCAUCAUAGUACAGGAACCAUUUCAACAAUUUGACAUCGUCUUUACUAGCAUGAACACUGUAGUUGUUUAGUGUACUGAGCUUGUAACUCUAACAAUUCAAAAAUACAAUGACUGUUUCAUGUAUACAUCAUUAACUGAGUGCCUGUUUCAUUUUGAAUUUAUAUACUUCUGAACAUCGGCAGCAGUCAGAAACCCUCUCAAUUCACUGGUCACUUAAAUACAUUGUUGUAAAUUAUCUAUGUAGAACUAAGGAAUUAAAAUGCAUCAAAACCAAAGUGAACAGUUGAUA